UCGGCUCGCAAAGUGUAACAAGCCUAGUAAAAUUUUAAAUUUAUACCAGCAUUUAUCUGUGUUCAGAGCUUAAAGGUAUAGGAAUCCAGCUCGAAGGCCUGUUUGUAAUGAACCAGAGGCUUUAAAUUUGAACAGACAACAGGAAGAAUGAUUUUAGAAGUUGUUGGUUCCAUUUUGAUCAUAUUAUUUACAUGGUUCUUGAAGACCUGCUACAAUAGACGUGGUAUGCCUCCAGGUCCAUUUCCACUUCCCAUCAUUGGAAAUCUUCUUUUGAUAUUGGACGAUGAUCUUCCGUUCUCAGCCGAUAAGUUUCGUGAAAAAUAUGGAAACACUUUUACACUUGUUCUUCCUACAGAAAACGUCGUAAUGGUAACUGAUGCAGCAACUGCACGAGAAGCUCUCCUCACAAAAAAAGAUACUUUUCAAGGUCGGAUUCCGAGUGUGAUGUACCCACUAAACGAAAUAUUACAAGAAAAAGAUCUGGCGACAAGCGAUUGGGAUAAUAAAUUUCGACUUAAGCGUCAAGCAUUUGUAAAGGCUUUGCAUACUUUUGGAGAGGGGAAAAAGAUUAUACAUGAAAAUGUAAACGACCAACUGGAUGAAUUCUCCAAGGCGGUUGAAAGCUUAAACGGGCAGCCUUUUGACCCUUCAGACAUUUUCGAGAGCUCUAUAACUUCUAUAUUUUAUCGUUGGAUAACUGGUAAGACAAAUAACAUUGAAGAUGGUACUGUUGGCAAAUUGCGUGCUUUUAACAAAGCAUUUUUCUCCUGCAUAUUUUCCGGUCCUUUAUAUCGUCUUAUUCCCGUAUUAAAGCACUUUCCUACCAAACAUGUAAGAGGUAUCAAUAAUUUAAAAGAUGAAUUACGAAAACUUUUUAUAACAGCGGCGGAAGAGAAAGUGAAAGCUUUUUCUCUCAAGUCAAGAAAAAAUCCAAACGAUUUUGACGAGGAAGAAUAUCAAAAUAUCAUGGAAUCUUUAAUGGCUUGGUGCACACAUCUUAAAGUGGAAACAGACUGUGUUCCCUUUCUAUCGGCCGGUGUCAUGCUUGCCGGAUCUGAUACAUUUGCCACGUUUUAUGUUUGGUUCCUGCUAUAUAUAAUACUUAAUCAAGAUUUGCAGAAAAAGCUUCAAAACGAAAUCGACGAAGUAUUGCAGGGGGAUGAAGUGCUCCAGUGGAAAGAUAUAUCUAAGCUUCCGUACUUGCAAGCGACUGUUUGUGAAGUGAUGCGACACUCGUAUUUUGUUCCUAUGUCUCUUCCUCAUAACCCGGUGAAAGAAGCACGAUUGCAAGGCUAUCGCAUUCCAAAAGAAACAACCAUUUUCUUCAAUUACCACUGCAUUCAUAGAGAUGAAAAUGUUUGGAAGAAUCCUUCAGUGUUCAACCCCGACAGAUUCAUCGAUGAAAAUGGGAAGUUCGUUGGAUGGCGUGUGAAGCCAGGAUUUAUGCCUUUUGGUAUUGGUAGCAGAUCAUGCCCUGGCGAAAAUUUAUCCAGAGCAGAGAUAAUGUUCUUCAUAUCAAGAAUGUUGAAGCGGUAUAAGUUUGAGGUCAAUGAAGAUGAUCCCAUGCCGACAUUGGAACGUGGUAAAGCGGCGGGAAAAUUUCCACCUAAACCGUUCAAAGCGAUCGCUCGAAAGCGUGAAUAGGUAUAAGGAAACAUUAGAUAUUUUUUUUAUAAAUUUUUAUAUUUUUAGAAGGGUUUAAUUUUGUCUUAAUGAAAUUUAAUGUCAACGGUUUCGAAAAACGAGCACGAAUGGGGUGAUUUGAACACUGUUCUCUUGACAUUUAUAUAUUAUAUACAUUAAACCUUAAUAACGAUCCGCCAAUAGGGACUGAGUAAAACAUUGAUAGAUAUUUAGGGUAGCUUUCAGCUUAUAGGGGUGCUUUGCACUGUCGCGUUUUUGCACGUAUAUAUUACAGGCACGCGUAAAAGGUACGUACAAAAACCGCGACAGUGGAAAGCAGCCCUUACGCAUCUUUUUUACGUGCGGAAAGAUAUGUUAUAAUUGUUAUAAUUUGUUCAUUAUAGUAAACAGAAUAUUACAUGGUUGCUUGGAAAUAUGAUUUAUUCCUCAUGUUGAAGAGAAUAUUGCUCACUCGUUUGCUGCGCUCACUUCUGCGCAACCAUAUAAUGUUCUCUAAUUAUUUUAGAUCGAUUUUUUUUAUUUGUAAUUCAAAUAUUAAAACGAUGC